AUGCCUCAAUGUGGUGGAUGUAAGAAGUCGGGUGUGAAAUGUGUGUAUUCAAAUAAUAUUGGAUGCUAUGAGGUUGAAUAUGUCAAAGGAUUAGAGCUGCGAAUAAAAGAGCUUGAGGAUAUUCUUAAAACUCAUGGAGAGAGCUUGGGUAAAACUCCAGACAAAGCAACAGAUGUUCUAUCUAAUUCAGUGUCACCACCGAAAGCACCAGAACUAAUGCAGGGACUUGGCGUGCUGUCACUUCAGGCGUCUUCUGAAGGUCGAUACUUAGGCCCAGGUUCCGGUGUUUCAUUUGCUCAGUUCACCCAAUCCAUUAUUUACAAGCUAGAUCGAAAGAAAGAAAUCAUGGCAAAUAAUGGAGUCAUCCUACCUAAUCCAAAAGAGUUGGAAUCGUUUACGUCCAGUUCGGCAAAAGAAUUACCAACACCGGCGAGGGCAAUUGACUUGGCAAACUUUUAUUGGCGACACAGUCAUACAUUAUACCCCUUCUUGCGCGAGGAGUAUAUAAUGAAGAUAUUUGAAAAAGCUGGAAUAGAUAGAAUUCGUUUCGAAGAAGAAAUUGAGGACCCGGAGCUGUUGUUCCAGCUGUACAUGGUAAUGGCGAUAGGCUCGACCUCUAUCGCCUCAAUAACAGUUUCAAACGAGGAAGAGGCUUCUACCUGUCUCUCGGUUGCAAUGACGUACUUUGACAAUGUGCUUAGUCUAGGAAGCAGGCAGGCAUUGGAAGCAAUUCUUUUACUAAUAUCAUACUCCUUUUUCAAUAGAUUAGGGCCUGACACAUGGUACCUUGUAGGGAUUGCUUCUAGGCUGGCGAUUGGAUUGGGUAUUCAUACCGAAAAAUCAGUGGAGGGCCUAGAUCCGAGCGAACAAGAUCACCUACGCAAAGUGUUCUGGUGCCUAUACAUGAUGGACAGAGUGGUUUCGACGACACUAGGUAGACCGCUGGCUAUCAGGGAUCAAGAUAUAAACAUCUUGCCUUUCUCAAAGCCAUCAGGCUCAUUGGAUGUGACUCUCCACAUAUUGUCACUACGAAGAAUUGCUGGGCAGAUAUUAGAGAAAGUAUACACGCCGAUUGCUCCAAGCAGUUCCACCUUGCAUGACCCAAGGAUAAUAAUAGACGAGCUUCAUGAAAACUUGAUAGAGUGGAGAAGAAAUAUGCCGUUCCCAUUAAACGAGUCUCAGCAUCCAUUAAUUCCUCACUUCACUACCGCUUGGUUUGACUUGAAUUAUUACAACCUUGUGAUGAUGCUCUUCCGACCUUCUCCUCUUCUUCCAUCCCCUCCAAUUGAAAACCUGAAAGUGGUUGCUAAUGCUGCAUCAAUGGCAAUCCAACAAUUUACUCACAUGUACAGACAGAGCAAGCUCUCAUUUAACUGGCUUAAUCUUGUAUCUGUUUUUAGUGCUGCAUUGACACUUGUAUUUAUUACCAACCAAACUGGAUGGUCUACUACUUACAUCGAUAAAGAGACUACAAUCCAAGACCUUGAGCUCACUGAACAACUUUUAAUUCGGUUUGCUAUGAAACACGCACCCGCCAAAGAAUGCUUGGCCAUUAUCAAAGGAGUUAUCGAUGAUUUAAAAAAGACCGCUGAGCCUUCUGAGUCAUUUGAGGUGCAAAACAUGACUUUAAACCCCAUUAUCGACUCCACAAUAUCGCUACUGUCUAUGGGCAGUGAUACCUACUAUGAUAACUUGAUCUCCCAGAUAGAUUUAAGCUUUCUCACAGACCUCGAUGAACGAUUGGAUGCAAAUUAUUUUGUUUCUAUGUAA